UUCACAAUCAGUCGCCAUUUUCCCAGUCAUGUUUAACAGCACAAAUUGACCUCUUUAUUUUAUUUCAAAGUAUAAAAUUUUAAGACCGGUCGUAGUGUGCCACAAAAGUUCUAUAUAUGAUUCAAACGCUAAAAUGAUAUUUACUCCACGUUUGGUUUCAUCGGCAGCUGCUAUCGUUGUGACUUGUUUUGUGUCCGCCGCGGCCUUGUAUUAUAGAAGUCGGAAAACCGAGAUCAAUGAAGUGAUGGUGUUCUGUAAAUUGCAGUACAACGUUUACAAUUACUUCGACAAACUACUAAACUUCAUUGAGUCUGCGACGAAAAGUGUUAACGUUUGCAUGCCUAGCAUCCAUAAUCCGGCGAUACAAAGCCGAUUGGUAAGAUUGAUAAAGAAGAAAAAUAUCAAAAUUCGUAUCAUAAUUGACCGGACAGGAUACAACGAAUUCACUGAAGUCUUUAUCAGAGAACUAAAAGAUGUCGGUGCAGAAAUAAAAUGUAAAAUUAAUGAACCAGUCAAUUAUAAAAUGCAACAUAAGUUUUGCUUAGUCGAUGAUAAGAUUCUCAUGACCGGGACUCUGAACUGGGGAAAUGACCGCUCCUUCGACCAUUGGAACUACGUCUACAUAACCAGCAAGCCACAGCUAGUGAAUCCGGUAAAAUCUGAGUUCUACGUAAUGUGGGAUGACUUCUCAAGCGACUUGAAACUGGAAAACCCAAUAGAAACUUACGACAGUGAUUCAGAAACAAAUGAAGAACACCAAGAAAAUGAAGCCCUAGUACACUUAGAAAACGGGGAACGCAACGACCUACUGGCAGUAAGGAACAUUUCUACAGUCGAUAGGGAGACUCAGGUCACGCCGGAUCUAAGCGUAAUUUAAUUUUAAACUAGAAUUCCAUAGACAUAACGUCGCUUUAAGACCAUUUGUGCAAUAGUACAAAACGCCAAUGUGACGUUUAUUUAUGACACUUCGGGACAAAGUGUUAGUUCAAUAUUUGACAUUUUGAUCAGACUUAUUGCACAAAAUGUUCGAGAGCUGGCAACCCGUACAGCUACGUAUACUGCGACAGUUACGAUCUUUGUAAUUGCUGUUUAGUAGACAUAAUAACUGGCAAUACUUUCUAAUUUAUUUCCAUAUUUUAUUACUAAUGAAUUAAUAUUUUAUGUAAGAGACUUCUGAAUAAAAAAAUGAAUUUACUCAUAAAUUAAUUAACAAUGUAUAACUGAUUAAUCAUAAUUUUACUAAAUAAGUUUCGGCUGGCCUUUAGCCAUUAUUUCAUUUUCUGAAACUUAAGCUCGUCUUUUAAUUUUAUUAUAUUUUUAUAUUGUAAACACUUUUAGUAGAAAGUGUUUGUCCAUUUCUAUUUUAUAUUCUAUUUUCAAUUAAUACUCACACUCUUUAUUCUUAUUUCAAUUUUAAUUUUUCGUUUUAUGGUCAGCUAAUUAUAUUUUUAAGAUAUUAAAUGAAAUUUUAGAAAAUAUGUUUUUUUUUUAAUGAAUAGUCUUCAUUUGAUUGGUAUGUUAUACAUGUAUCUAGGGUAAAUAAUAUCAAAAAUCUAGACUUAAAAAUAACAAGCCAAAGGUACAUUUUACUUUAUAAGGGGAUGUUGAUGUUUAUGUUUAUGUAUCGGCCCAGUAGUUUUUUUUUUUUAAGCAGGCAUUGACAGAUUUAUAGAAAGUCAGAUAUUUCAGUACAAAUAAAUCUGAUUUUUAGAGUCAUAAUUUAGAAUUAAAAAAGAUGUUACAAUUUAUCCUAAUUAAUUUUUUGGCAGAUCAAAAGGCUUCACAUUAUACAUGCAAUAAAUAUGAGACCCUAGUACUCCCUUACUAGCCUAAACUUAGUUUCUAUAAUACCACCAGCAAUGAUAGAACUGUGUUCAUGGUAAAGUUUGCCAAUGUUAAGCUCUAAUUCCUCUCUAUCUAGAUUUAUGUUAACCUAAAACAUGGCCUUUCAAUCAGUGCUGGUGGCAUAAGUUACAUCUUAAAACAAAACAAUACUUAUUCAGUUGUCAAUAAGAACUAGAGAUGGGCCGAAUAUGGACUUAGCUGAGUACGAAUAUUCGGCCGAACAUUCGGUUCAGCUCUUACCGAA